UCCUUUCCAGUAUGGAGCAGGAGCGAAAUUGUUGACGUUCUUUCCAGUGAAUCAAGAAUGGACGAUUUGACUCCAUGGGAUCAUGAUAUGGAAGGGACUCUUUGGAACUUAAUCUUCCCCUUGGUGCACUGUUAUCUUUGGCCUGGUGGUGGAGACUCAAUUACACACUGCAUUAUGGGUCAUCCAACCGAGUGAAGUCAUCAAAGUCGUAUUGGGAUCCCAACUUUCCUCUCUCCUCGGGCUCUUGGUGUUGAGCAACUGAACAGAACUAACUAGUGUAAACCUGGCAUCAGCCUACUCUCUGGGCGCCCUCACAGGCAGAGCCCAGACCCAACCAAUCCUGUCAAGCCUGUCCUGAUUUGACAGGCGCUAUCACUAUGGAGAGAGGAUGAGGGACUGCCACUGGUCACAGCGGGAACCCGGUUCCGUUGUCACUCUCCGUUUCAUUGCCCCAAGGUUAUGUCAAAGAGGACCUGCAUUGUUCUACUGUUGGAACUUUCCGUGUCUCUUCGCGCGCUUCUCAGUGAUGGAAGUAGAAAACGUGUCAGCGCAACAGCUCCUUUCAUAAGAAACGUAAAUCUUACAUCAGGCAUUUUUAGGAGUCUGUGAGCAGGUGAGUGCGGGACCCUGUCUGCCCCACUGUCCAGUGACAUAAUGAGCUGGAGCUUCCUCACGCGGCUGCUGGAGGAGAUCCACAACCACUCCACCUUCGUGGGGAAGCUGUGGCUCACCGUGCUUGUCGUCUUCCGCAUCGUCCUCACUGCCGUCGGGGGAGAGUCCAUCUACUACGACGAGCAGAGCAAGUUCGUCUGCAACUCGGGCCAGCCGGGCUGCGAGAACGUCUGCUACGACGCCUUCGCGCCACUAUCGCACGUCCGCUUCUGGGUCUUCCAGAUCAUCCUGGUGGCCAUGCCAUCUCUCAUGUACAUGGGCUACGCCGUCAACAAGAUCGCCCAGCUGGACAAGGGCGGGGGAGGGGUGGCCACUGAGACAGGGGGAGGGGGAUACACCCAUCGGAGGCCCAGGAAGAUCUGCUUCGGGGCGCGGCAGCACCGGGGUAUAGAGGAGGACCAGGACCAGGACCAAGAGGAUGACCCUAUGAUCUACGAGGUGCCUGAGCCCGAGCCCCCUCGCCGGGUCGACCCACUAGCACCACGGCCCACGCCCAAGGUACGCCAUGACGGGCGGCGGCGUAUCCAGGGUGACGGGCUGAUGCGUAUCUACGUGCUGCAGCUGGUGACUCGCACGGCGCUGGAGGCGAGCUUCCUGGCGGGCCAAUACCUGCUGUACGGCUUCCGCGUCAUUCCCGUGUUCGUGUGCUCCUUCAAGCCCUGCCCCCACAGCGUGGACUGCUUCGUGUCGCGGCCCACGGAGAAGACCAUCUUCCUGCGCAUCAUGUACGGCGUCACGGUGCUCUGCCUCACCCUCAACGUGUGGGAGAUGCUGCACCUGGGCAUCGGGACCAUCUGUGACAUCCUCCGCCGUCGCCGCUGCCCACCCCAGGAGGACGAGUACCAACUGGGGCUGCUGGGACCCAGCGUGGGGGUCUCUGUGGGGGUGCCAGUCCCGGAGCCGGGCACGGGGGGAGGGGUGGUGGGGGACGGGGGUGCUGACUACGUGGGGUACCCGUUCUCGUGGAACGCCCCGUCGGCUCCACCGGGCUACAACAUCGUGGUGAAGCCGGAGCAGAUCCCCUACACGGAUUUGAGCAAUACCAAGAUGGCGUGCAAACAGAACCGGGCCAACAUUGCCCAGGAAGAGCAGCAGCAGUUUGGGAGCAACGAGGACAAUUUCCCCACGGGAGGGGAGGCCCGCGUGGCCCUCAACAAAGACAUGAUCCUGCAUGCCCAUGACCAGCUAGAGGCAGCCAUCCAGGCCUACAGCCAGCAGCACAGGGCAGAGGAACACCUGGGGGACAACCAUGAUGACAAGCCCCAAAGCAACAUCACCCAGGCCCAGCCACAGCCACAGCCUCACAAGGAGCGCAAGCACCGCUUUAAACACGGCAAGGGGGGCAGCAGUGGAGAAGGGACUGGAAGCAGCAGCAACAGCAGUAGUGGCAAGUCAGGGGUGGGCAAGCCUUCUGUGUGGAUUUGACCAUGUACACACACACACACACACACACACACACACACACACACACACACACACACACACACACACACACACACACACACACACACACACACACACACGCACACACACACACACACGCGCACACACACACACGCACACACUCCAGCACUGACGGAGCCCCAUAUCCCUGUAGAGUAUGUGUCAGUGAGGGAAGGGGUGGCCCCGAAAACUCCAGGACCGGCCCUGAACGGAGGGCUGAGGUAGUGGGAUGUCAUGUUGUCUUUCUGUGGAUAUUUCAAUACCAUGUUGUGCCUUUAAAAAAUCCCACAAGCUAGAGGAGACUACUAGCCUACAGUAGUAGUAGUAUGUCAGUGUGGACAGGUGUGUCAGGAGCAUUAGUGAUUUUGCAGCAGGCAGUUGUUUGCCUGGGCUGUCGCUGUCUAACCUAAAACACAACUCUCUGAAACAGUCUCUAGUGUUUCUGAACUCUUCCAAUUCUGAAGCAGACACUUGUUCUCUGUUGUCUUCCUACUGUCCCCGUCUUCCAGUAGCCUGACGACUCACACUAAGUGAUUCUGUAGUUUGGUGCAUACUUUAGUCUGAGCCUGCUAUCAUUGAAGUUGUUUGUGGUGACGAAGUGCAUAUGGGGCAUUGUACAAAACCAAGUCACCAGCGAUUGGAUCGUCUCUAACCAAUCGGAGUCCAUGGGCGCCGCUUUACCCACUUGUGUUCUGACUCUGGCCCAACCCAUCGGUUUCUGGACCAAUCAGAUGGCCUCGAAUGUGUUUGCAUUCGGUGAAGGGUACUCCGAUCCAGACUCAUUGAGGCGAAGGAACUAACAUCCGUGGGCGUGGCGUAGCAUUUGACCGGAUGAAGGAUUCUGGGCAGCCAGGCAAGUCUUCCAGAGGAUAUUAGGCUGAGAAAAUGACUCUAUCGUUAUCAUCUUUUUUUAAACAUUUUCUGAUCCAUUUAUUUAUAUCCCGUCCAUUCUCUUGGUGAUCCUGAUUUCCAUUCCAGAUUUCGAUCAAGCUAAUCUGUCGGGCUGAAAUUUCUGCAAAGUCACAGGCUUCGUAAUACAUUGGCAUCAGAAUGAAUGGACAUCAUAAUGCAAUGAACGACAUCGUAAUACAAAGACAGUUGAAAACAAUUACUUUAUAAUAAUACAAUUUAUACAAUGACAUCAUAAUGCAAUGGCAUCAUAAUGCAAUGACUUCAUAAUGCAAUGACAUCAUAAUGCAAUGACUUCAUAAUGCAAUGGCAUCAUAAUGCAAUGGCGUCAUAAUGCAAUGACUUCAUAAUGCAAUGACUUCAUAAUGCAAUGGCAUCAUAAUGCAAUGACUUCAUAAUGCAAUGACAUCAUAAUGCAAUGACAUCAUAAUGCAAUGAC